AUGGCGCCCAAAUUUCAAGUCAUGUCACUCGAUGAGGCCGGGCUGACGAUUCGCGAACACAAGAAACGAAAAAACCAGCGGACCUGUCUGUACGACAAGACGCCCCUAACGUCCUCCCGCCGUCCACGAUGCAGCCCGGUAGCGGGACAGAGCCCGCAGUCGAGCACAUCCUCGUCCUCAACGGCCUUGGUGGCCCAGCCCGCCUUUGAGCUCCCGGUUCCGGUAGACGCAGCGACCAAGUAUGGAGGCACCCCAGCCGGCGUGCUUCUCCAGUUCUUCAACGAGAACCACGACAACAUGCUCGCCGGUGCCCCUCUCCAUGCAGUCUGGGACAUGGCCUGUACAUACCCCCACCUCCUGACAGCCAUCCUCGGCGCAUCAGCAUGCUAUCUCAGACAUCACACUACCAACCCCGCCGCCCACCAGAUAGCAGAGAUGUACCAGCAAACCCUCACGAUCCAGUCGUUGCGGGCAUCCCUCGCAAAGCCCCUCUCCCGAGACCGCGCAGACGCCCUCCAGAUGACAGCCAUCUUCCUCAAUCUUCUAGCAUUCACUGCCGUCCCGGAUGAGAACCCCCUCGUCUCGUGGGUCUUCAGCACCGCCCCGGAUCGCCUUGGCUGGAUGAACAUCCUCCUAGGCUUCAAGCCCCUGCUCAUUAUCACGGCCGCCUUCCGCCGCGGCAGCCUCAUGACACCUAUGUAUGCAUCGGCCGAUGACGAAGAGGGCACUUUCACGCGUCCCGAUCUCGUCGUCGACCUGCCACCCGCGUGGUCUGCUUUUCUGGCCAGUACCGCGCGCCGGGUUGACCUGUUCGCGGAACCAGUUUACAUCCUCGCGGCGACGAGGCUGGUGGCGCCCCGACCGGAGAAUGUCUAUCAGUACAUGCAGUUUGUCGGGCGCGUAGAACCGGCGUUCCGCGACCUGCUGCUCGCGGGCGACGAGCGGGCGCUGUGGGUGUUUGGGUACUGGCUGGGGCUCGUCGGGCGAUUUGACAUGUGGUGGUCGAGGAUGCGCAUUCGGAGGGACUUUGAGGCGAUUGUCAUGUGUCUUCGUGCAAAGGAGCUUAAGGAAAGGGGGCACGGCGAGGGACACAUGUGGAUGGAGCUGCUGGAUGACCUGGAAGGGCUGCGUGAGCAGUGGUCUGUGGCUAUGCGGCGACCGACCCGUCUUCCUCUCGCAUCAUGA